GCUGGCUGGUAUUCAUCCUUCAGAAGAACAGAAGGAGAAAAUUAGAAAAAGGAAGGAAAAGAGAAUGGAGGAUCAAAAAAAGAGCAAAUCAAAGAGAAAGAGGACAUCCAAACAACAGACUGAAGAAGAAGAAGAAGAAGAAGAAGAAGAAGCGAUUAUUCAGCCACUUACGGGAGUUUAGUUGGUUUAUUGAAAAGUCAAUGAAUGAAAAGGUGGACAACUACGUAAAAGGCCUUGACCUUUCCUGUGGUAUCUCAUGGGCAUCUGCCAGAAAAGUAUUCUUUUCAUUUCGACUUAAGCCAAGGACGGGCCAGAGAUCUACGCACUACUUUUUUGAAAUUCUGGACUUUAAAGAUAAAACUAUAUAUGUGUAUGAUUCCAUGGGCAGUGUAACAUAUGAUCGUGCGCUUGAACAUGUCAAAAAUUAUGCCCGGUUGAUCCCACACUGUCUCAAAUGCUUGGACUUUGGGGCACACAAUAAAUUUUAUGGGAAAAGGCCUGUGGAAAAAUUUCAAAUUAAGUGGAUGGAGAAACCGCUGCAGGGUAACAACGUUGAUUGUGGUAUAUUUGCUCUUAAGUUCAUUAAUAUGCGGUUGAAGAAAGAAGAUGUCUUUAAUUUCGAUCAAAGUCAGGCAUUGACAUUCAGGAGAGAAUUGGCUGCCAAUCUUUGGGCUCAUGGAAAGUGGAAACAAGAUAGCGGCUAUGAAACUCCAAAAGAACAACAAGGACAUGAUUAUGGAGAUUUUGAAGAGACUUUGUGUGAAUUUUUUGAUUAGAGGAUUGGGUGCACAAAAUUUGGAUUUUGUGAAUAUACAUUAAUUAGUUUUUUAAUUGACUUUUG